UGGGGGCACACUACACCUAUAAGUACCCCUUGAUCGCUCAACACACAUGCAACCAUCUUCGUGGCAACUAACUUGUAAACAUUUGCACCGACUGACUGACACGAUGGUCGCCGGCAGAAUCACCGAGGAGUUGGCGAUUGCCGUGCCGGCCGAGCAGAUGUGGAAGGCGGCCUUCGCGAGCGGCGACGAGUCCUCCAUGCGCAACGUGUUGACCGGCGUGAGCGACGUCGCCGUGAAGGUCGAGGGCGACGGCGGGCCCGGGAGCCGCUACACCCUGAAGUUCAACCCAGCCGUCGGCGCAGGGACGGUGCUCAUCAAGAGCCGGCUGGCGGCGCGCGACAACGCGGCGCGCGUGAUUAGCUAUGACGAGGUGGUGGUAGAGGGCGGCGAGGUGGCGGCGCCACAGUUCAAGUCGCAGGUGGUCCAGUAUAAGGUGGAGCCCGCCGGCGCGGGCGGCUGCGUGACCAAGAUCGCCGUGGAGUCCGAGCGCCUCGACGGCACGCCGCUGUCGCUGGCGGAUGACCAGGCCAAGCUGAUGAAGGUCUACGUCGACCUCAUCAAGAAGGUGGAGGAGAACAUCGUCGCGCGCCCCCGCGAGUUCGCCUGAGCUGAUCCGAAGCUCAGAUGAUCCACUGAAGACUGCCGCCAUUAUAUAAUAAUAAGAAUCGAUAGCACGGUAGUAUGAUCGAUCACCCCGUUUGCGUUUUGUUGUGUUUCCAGUACAUAUAAUAACCGAAGGAAGUGAGAUCCUUUGUUUUGUUUCGUCGAUUGUGUUUGUGAGGAGAAUAUAGUGUCUUAAGUUCACGCCCAGAAAACGAGGCCAGCCGGGGCCUCCACCGAUAGUCAGGAAGGAAAAAUAAUCUGGUUGCUACAUCGAUGUACUAUAGUGUCAUGAGAUGGCCUCUUUAUAAAUUACAUCGUGCAAUGACAUGUAUAGCCAAAAUAAAGUUUUUUGGCUUAGAUAAAGGAGACGGGGCCGGGAUUUCCUAGGCAAAUAGACUAGGAAAGUACCGGUGUCAUUUUUUUCCGAUAAGGGAAACUUUAUUUAAUUCAAGAUUUUUCAUUUUC